AUGUAUGUUGCCUAUCGCAGACUGCAUCGGUGGCUGCGAAGGCAUUUUGCGACGUCGGCGACAGUAUGGCAGUUGCGAAAUGUCGAAAUCCAGCGUGGUUACACAGCUCUCAUCAAGGACCUUGGACGGCGGAGUGCUUGGGCGGCUGCACUGUCCGUUCUGUCGGAAGCCGCAUGCCAUGACAUUUCCAAUGGGACGGUGUCGGCUGCGCUGGCGGCAUUUCACAAGGCCAGCCAGUGGACAUGGGCACUACAACUCUUCGAGCGCAUGCCCUCCCUCAAGGUCCUUCCAGACGCAGUGGCGCACAACACGACGGCUGCGGCUUGCCUCAAAAGCGGGCACUGGGCCGAAGCUUUGUCCGUGCUGCACCAGGCCUUCCAUGGCAAGCUCCCUCCAACCGUCGUGACCUUCAACAUAGCCAUCUCGGCCUGCGAAAAAGGCUUCCAAUGGGAAGGAGCACUGAAUCUGCUGACGGCAGUCGUUGAGAGCCCGAACUUGCAGCCCAAUGUUGCGACCUGCACUGCAGCGAUGAGUUCUUGCUGUCGAGGCUUUUCUUGGGAGAAGGCCUUGGCCAUCAUGGCUGCCAUGAAGGAUCCGGAUGCACCGUUCCCUGGUCCGGACGCUGCUUGCACCCAUCCUGCAUUUUCUUGA